GAUAAUCCAAUUAAAUGUGGGCAGAGGAAGGCAUGGCGGCAGUACAGCCGUUACUAUGGUAACGAAGCAGCGGCCUAUAACAAACUGGUUCUAAUAGAACUAAUACCUGAGGGGCAUUUUGCUAGGUAUCUAGCAUUGUACAUGUGAGACAUCUUGCGAGAGCUAAAUACCAAAGUAUCAGAAACCGCGUUGGGAUGGGCUUAGGCAAGGGGGAGUGAGGGGGAAAGCGAGGAGAUUUAUUAAAAGCGGAAUCGGCCAAUACGAAUACCGGAGCUCGUCAUGUCUUCAUCAUCUGACAGCAGCAGCCGGGAGGGUGAAUCUCGCUCAAAGUGGUUGGAUGCUCACUAUGACCCUGUUGCUGGACUUAAUACCCUUUCCUCCUGCAUUGCUCUUGCAGACUUGCAUGGAGAUGGAGACUUUAAAAUGGUUGUGGGUGACAUGGGACAUGGUCCAUAUAACAUGAAGCUAAAGGUGUAUAAAGGGACAGCACGAAUGUCUGAAAAUGCUCUGCUUGACUUGCCCACUGGUGUGGCUGCCUUCCUAAUGGACCAAAACGAGCCACGCACCCCAGCCAUUGCUGUAGCCUCUGGACCAUUCAUCUAUGUAUACAAGAAUCUGAGGCCUUACUUUAAAUUCACUCUUCCAGCCAUGGAAGUCAAUGCUCUUGAGAAGGAAGUGUGGGAUCAAGCGAAAGAGGACAAAAUAGACCCAGUGACUUUAAAAGAGAUGUUGGAGAGCAUCAGAGACAAGGCAGAGAUUCCUCUAUCUGUUCGAUCAUUGCGAUUCUUGAUGUUGGAACUGCAGGAGAUGGAGGCAUUUGUGAACACUUAUAAACAACAACCUCUAAAGCGUCAGACUGUGAUCACCUGUAUGGGCACUCUGAAGAAGAAUAUGGCAGAUGAGGAUGCUGUGUGCUGCCUAGUGAUUGGUACAGAAAGUGGAGAGCUGUUCAUUCUGGAUCCAGAGGCAUUUACUAUUUUGACACGGGUCAGCCUUUCCAGUGUGCCAACACUUCUUGAUGUAACCGGACAAUAUGAUAUUGAGUAUCGCAUUACAGUUGCCUGUCGGAAUGGCAAUGUGUAUAUUCUUCGAAGAGAUUCCAAGAGGCCGAAAUACUGUAUUGAGCUUAGUGCACAAGUGGUAGGGCUGGUACGUGUGCAGAAGAACAUCAUGAUUGGAACUUCCCAUGAGACAUUACAUGGGUACUCCCAAAAGGGUAAGCGCCUGUGGACAGUAACACUACCUGCAUCUAUCAUGACAAUGUCUUUGCUGGAGCAGAAAUCACGCGGUAUCCAGGCUGUGCUGGUCGGACUGAAGAACAUGGAAGUUCAUUUAUACAGAGACAAGAACCUUUUAAGUGUUAUAAACACACCAGACAUUGUGACUGGUCUUUGUUUUGGGCGCUAUGGAAGGGAGGAUGAUACUUUAAUUAUGACCACACAAGGAGGAGGUCUACUCAUUAAGAUCCUGAAGAGGACUGCACAGUUUGAAGACAAAGAUACAGCUCCUGGCCCUCCCACAGGGCAAAGCAUUAAACUCAAUGUCCCCAAGAAAACUAAACUGUAUGUUGACCAGACACUGAGAGAGAGGGAGAAUGCUGUGGCAAUGCACCGGGUAUUUCAGAUGGAUCUGUACCGCCUGAGGCUGAGUGCUGCCAGGGCAUAUGUAAAAGCAUUGGAUGCCAGCCUGGCUCCAGUUUCUUCAACAAUGCAAGAGCCACUGACUCUGAAUGCUGCUGUGCAGGGCAUUGGUCCUCAGUUCAAGCUGAUUCUGAACUUACAAAACACAUCAGUGAACCGUCCUUCAAUGCAGCUACUUAUCAGCUUCUUAUACGAUGAAAAGCUUUACAAGAUCAAGCCAGCAUUUUUUAAGGUUCCUCUGCUGGUUCCAGGAUUGAAUUAUCCAAUUGAAACAUUUGUUGAAUGCUGCAGCGAUAAAGGGAUCUCAGAUAUCAUUAAGGUUUUUGUACUGAGGGAAGGAAAGAGCACACCACUUCUGACUGCUCAUAUCAACAUGCCUGUUAGUGAGGGGCUCGCUGCUGCUUGACCAACAUCCACACAAAAUACAUUCAUUCCAAAAUAUGAAUAGUUAUGUAGGAUAGACAGAAAGCUACAGAAAACCUGUAUGAUCGCCAGGGCUAUAUCCUAGGUUUGAACAGAAAAUAAUUUGCAAUGUAAGUUGACAUGACAUCAUGAAGCCAUUCAAACGGAUGAUUAUACCAAUUCCCAGAUAUAUAUGGGAAUACUUUCUUAAAGACUAGUUACUGAAGUGACCAUGCUAGGCAGUUACUGGCCUGUAUAAAAGUGGAUGAAUAAAGCAGGAAGAAGUGAUGUCAGGUUAAGAUUAUUUCAUGAAUGAAGACAGUAACGUUUUGGGGAAAACCUUGUCCCAUUGUCUUGGCAUUACGCAUUACUGGGUUGUGUCAAUGUAGCUACUUAAAGUCCUCUUGCCACAGUGUUUGAGCUCCCAUCCCAUACAGGUGCAUCUACUGUUUUCUGAACUUGGAUGUAAAUGUAAGGGGAGCCUGAAAGCAGGAGUCCCCCUAACUGACCUUUAAGGUGGGCUUCCAGAGGUAUCAAGGCAAAUCAACAUCUUAAAUCCCACCCUUGCUGGGCAUUAUGUCUCUCCACCUCUCCAGAACUAGGGGUAAACAGACGAGGCACAUUUUGGCCCAUCUCCCUGUCACAGCGCAUGAAUUGCGCACGUGCUGGCUUGCAUGGUAUUGGGACAGAUGCCUGCCUUGACCACCCUCUACCAAAGUGUAAGCACUGACUACCCCCCUACUCAUCCUCCAUUCUCUUGCACCAGAUUGGUGCAUAUACUGAUUGUGUAGGAGAGGGGCUCCCCACUUAAAUCUGCCACUGGAUUUCGCUGUAAGCGGUAAGUGUCUAGUGAUGGGCUUGGGGUUACAAGGGAACCACUACCCUAGAGGCAAAUGCUAACUUUGCCGUGUCACUUCUCUCUACUCUAAACAACUGUUUGUAAUAUCCAUGAAUUACUUUGGCAGAACCACAGCAUUUCUACUACAUCAAGGCCUACCACUCAAGCAAUGAUUUAACUGCCAUGAUUUUAACAAUUGGAAACCACAGGGCAUCAGCACUUGUAAUAAAGAUUCAUGGUUAUUUUGUUAUAGAUUUAUGUGUUAAAUAUUUAUUUUAGAAUAUUAUCUUUAUGUGUGUUGCUGCUCAAGAUUAUACACAAUAUGUUCAAAUUAAACAAGAUUUUUAAUAAAUGUAGAUUUCAAACAA